CGACAUCGUACAUCGUUGAAAUUUUAAUGGAUGGAUACCUCGCAGAGCAAACCGAGAGUUUUUAGUGUUAUUCAGCAAAUAUGUAAUGAUACGGAUCAUUUGCCGAGGUAGCUUUCUUAUUAUUUCCUCGUGUGUGUGGCCGUCAGUUUGCGCGUUUCGCUGCCCGAGAAUUCCGUGCGUUUCGUUAAAAUUUUCACAAAUUUGUCGGGACGUCUGGCUUGGUUCCAGUGCUAUCGCGAUAUUUUUCGUGUCACUUUCGAAUCAGGUCUUCGGUAUUUGUUCGUUUGUUUCCUUCUCGCACUUGUUCCCGAAUUUCGUUCAACCUCUCUCGAAAUUGAUUAUGUGGUGACGAGGAUGCUCGAGUGAAGAUUAUUUUCUACUUAUCAGCUGAACUGUGCUUGCAAUCACCUACCCCCUCAGUGCGGAUAUAAAGAUGGUGAAAGGAUGGUUUGAUAAAUCUUUCAUAUAACUUAUCCAUGGUGGACCUGCCUAUGAUGGUAGAAAUGGAACUUCCCUCUAUCUGCUUUGGUUUACUCAGAAGAAUGGAAAGGCAGAGGUAUAAGCUUGCAUAAUGUAGAUAAUUUAACCAGUUGUAACGUCGGUCAGCAAUCAGUUGAUCGGCGCACGCCCUCAACAAUUACGACAUGUCAACGGAGAAAAAUGAGCGAGAGGUAAAAAAAGCGGAUGCUCCAGAAGCAGUAUCAGUAGACGUUUUACACAAUUCGGAAGUCUCACUCACAGCUUCCACAUCCAAAAGUCAGCCUGACAGCUCAAUGCCACACCUCUCCAGGCAGCUAGAAACAAACAAAUUCAACUCGAUCAAGAAACACUUCUUCGGGUGGAAGAACAAGAAACGGAAAGGGCGUGGCAAGUUAAAAGUGUGGGACAAGAAUUACAACGAUGAUAUUUUAUUGAACCUCACCAAACCAGGCUUUUGGCAGACAAAAAAUGGGCCUGGAACUGCCUCUGACUCUGAAGACUGUGAUGAAAAUGAUACGCAAGGAAAUGAUGAAGUACGGCAACGACUACUUAAUGACUCCAACAAUAAGUUGGUAGAAAUAGUCAAACAUAACAACAAUAUUAAAUAUUAUGAUUGUGAUAUGCCUUCCUCCUCGACUGACAGCGAGACCCGAGAGGAAUCUCAAAACCCAAUAAAAUUAACAAACGGAUGUGAGCUGGAAAGGAAUGAAGGCCUAGGGGACAAUCUGAAGAAAGAUUUCCUGCACUGUGAUAAGCGGAGAAAAACAGGCCCUUGUUCUUUUAAAGAAACAGAGCAGGAUGAUUAUUCAGUUGACAAGGAUUCAUGGCAGUCAGAAUUGAAAACCUCAAGGUCUUUCCAAAAUGUUUGUCCUUUCGAUUUUACUAACAGUGGGUUGAAUUUGAAACGAAAUAUAUCGGUCGGGGACGAGAUGUAUUCUAAAGACACAAUAGUUUGUUUAGAUGACAAGCUCAGAGGCAUCAUACAAACGAAGGUUUUUAAAAGGCACUCCUCAGACAAUUUACUAAAUCCAAAUUUAGUAUCAAUCUUAUGCAAUCACAGCAAGUCCAGUUCUAACCCUAGACGGAGGAGUAAAGUAGAUUUUUUUCUGAAGUCCCUCCUAGCCUUAACACCUGGAAAAAAGCAAGUCUCAGGUGACGGAGAAGUCCAUAAGGGCUCUGAUACCAAAACCAAAAUUGAAAGACGACCUGUGCCAUCGUCUCCUAAUUCAUUUAGUGCAUCAUUCAACGAAUUGAACGCUGUUACGGAAAGAAGCCUGCCUCCUCAAAGUUUGUGCAAGAGUUGCUCUGACAUUAACUAUGUUAUCUCCUCAACACCGUACUGCAAGGUUCACAGUGACAAUUUUUCAAAUUUAAAAUUCAUCGAUUCAGAUUGUGAUAGUAGCAUCCUAAAUAACUCUUUGAAUUCUAAUUUAGACAAUGCCUGCAGUGAUUGUUUUUCUUUGAAGGCUUCCAGUCCUCAAAAUCUUGCUCAUCCGACUUUCAGUCUUGAAACAGAUGACAAUUUGUAUCAAGUUCUUGAAAAUAGUUGCUCUACGGAGAGUCUCUCUCAAAAUUGCACUCAAGGCAUCUCAUGUACUGCCUGUGUCGAAAAUUUAGGUCUUGAUCAGUGUCCAGCUGCACCCAGAAAAAGUUUAGACUGUGGCAAGCCUUCUUGCAAAGCUCAGAGUGUUUGUUCAUCUGAAUACAGAGGCAAAAAAGCAUCGCGAUAUCGACCUCAGUCGGUCAUUUUAGCUAGCUCUUCCCUUUCCCCAGCGUCUCAUCUUUCGGCUGUGAAAUCUGCGCAGAAUUUGUGUAAUAGUCGGAGUGAGCUUUCCCUUUCUUCUGCCCAUUCGCACGGGAGUGUUCUACCAAUUGAGCCGACUAACAGGCUUCGAGUUCCAUCCGUUGUCAUAUCGGGCUCAAAGUUUCUUUCCACGUGUUCGAGUCUUCUGUCAAUGGCAUCCUCCUCAAAGUAUUCGAUUAGUUCAUCAGCUGCAUUCAUUCCCGUUAAAGGGAAGAAUGUGGUGACUGUGCUGUGUAAAGUGUGCUUAAACGAAGUGGAGCUAAAGGAUUCCUGGACUUUACAGCAAUGCAACUGUACAUACUGUGUUUCGUGUGUUCGAGCGUAUGUUGAAUUCGAAAUAAAUCAAGGAGCCUAUCACAUUUCAUGCCCGGAUGCUCAAUGUAAAAGUCAAGGAAUCAUCCAGAUGGAGGAGAUCGAAAGUUUAGUCAAUUUCGAUGAAGUCGAGAAGCACAAGCGCUUUAAACUUAAUAAAGAGGUGGAGCUGGAUAAGUCGAGGGUGUGGUGCCCCCGGCCCGGGUGUGAGACUGUGUGCACGCUGGCUUCAACCGUAGAACGGACAGUGCCGCAAUGCGUGCACUGCGUAACGUGUUCCUUAGACUUCUGCUCCAACUGCCGGGCAGGCUGGCACCCCGGAACUCCGUGUCGACAGGAAGACCUGCAGCCUUCGAUCCCUGGCGUCUCCUUCGACUCUGAACUCAUCAAGUGCUGUCCCAUGUGCUCCGUCCCCAUCGAAAAAGACGAGGGAUGCGCUCAGAUGAUGUGCAAACGCUGCAAACAUGUCUUCUGCUGGUACUGUCUGGCAUCGCUUGAUGAUGACUUUCUACUUCGGCACUAUGACAAGGGCCCUUGCAAGAAUAAACUCGGCCAUUCUCGUGCCUCUGUGAUCUGGCAUCGAACCCAGGUGAUAGGGAUUUUUGCUGGGUUUGGAAUCCUACUUCUGAUUGCAUCGCCUCUACUUCUCCUAGCAGCACCUUGCAUCAUCUGCUGCAAAUGUCGCGUCUGCACCAGUGGUAGCAAGCUUGACGGCGACGACUUGCCGGAGGAUGACUUAACCUGAUCGAACGCUCAUCAUCAAUGCAGAUGACCCCUGCAAAAUGAAGGAACAAAGAAAAUUCUAAGCCUCUGGAGGAAGCGAAAUUCAGUGGCCCAGAUUUAGCACUGCAGACUUACGUUUUCUGCUGGUCUCAAUUGAUGUUAGAAGGCGGAGAAAGACAGACGCUUGGGAGGGAGUGUCUGUGGUUGCUAGAAUUAAGUAUUUGCAUUGUUUUAAUUCUUUAAAUCCUCUUUUCAGUGAUGGAAGGCACAUUUGAAAUGUGGUGAAAUUGUCAAGGAGUGGAAUGGUAACAAAAUAUGAAAUGAACUCUGUAGAUGACUAAGAUCUGAAGAGUGAGGGACUGUUUAAAUUCAGCUCUAAGAUUAGAAAAUUUCGCAAUUUGAAAAAUCUUAAGUUAGCUGUUGAUCUAUCAAGCAAAGUUACUCAUAUAAGUCGUCGAAUGAAGCAUCAUUCUACUCUAAGAACGAAAGAUUUAGGAUUUUGAAUUGGUCUGAAUCGUAACUAAGAUGGUCACCACUAGUUAUCCCUGUUUUGUGAUUCAGGUGCCUAUAAGGUCUCUUACACAGGCUGAGAAAAGAAAGAAAAAAAAUCAAGUAUCCAUGACUGUGUGAGGGAAAAUUACACCCUAACGUCUGAAACUAAAGAAUGGGUAGCACUGGAAAAAAAAUGGAGGUAUCUUUACCAAGUUUUACCAUUGACAAUCCACAUCAUGAUUACAUUGAUCAAUCAAAAUCAAAAUGGUUCUUGGUUGCCACAAUGAUGCAGAAUAUAUGUUCAGAAUUCUCUGAGCCUGCACCUCAAAGUUAAAAAUUUCCUCUGGCGUUAUGGAACGAUCCUCAGAGUGUACACUCAAGUGAUGACAAUUUCUGAGUUAUUGGUGGGACACGCUAGCAGUCAUCAUCAGCAGGAAGAUAAGAGCAAAAAUUCAAAUUGAAUAUUAGCAAGCAACACAACAAUAUUUUGUGAUCUUCUUUGUGCUUCAUUGUCCUGUAUGCCCUUUAACCUUGCUUUUUAUUAGUAAGAUUUAAGGAGAAGGACUUAUAGUUAGGAAGCAAAAAAGGUGCGUCACCAGUUGCCUGUUUGACUAGUGUUGGUGUAACCUAGAGUAUUUGACAUUGAUCUUUGUUUUCUUUAAGAAUCUCUUUUCUUCAGAUUUUUUUUCUUGUCAUGGCAAAGCUGUGUGAAGGGUCUAUGCCAAAUAGAGCCUUGUGUGAAAUGUUGUCAGGUCCUCUUACUUCCUUAAAAAAACAUUUUCUGUCAAUAUGGUUCAAAGAAUCCGAAUAUUAUCUAAAUAAAUAUAGUUUUUUGCUUCAUACAGCGUUUGCCAAUGUUGCUUGAACUGUUUUUUCCUACACAGCUAAGAUCAAAGGUGAAUUUAGUGCUUGCAAAGUCUGAUCAAGUUAAGUUUAAAUCCAUGGAAGCUUUAAAAUUAUUUUCUCAACUGCUACAAGCUUUAUCUAAGGUACCUAUGCUCAACGCCUGCAAAUUUUGCGAUUUUGAAGUAGAUUGAGAUUGUAAAUACGGUUGUACAAAUGUAAAUUUUGGGCGACUGAAGCCUCUGUGAUCAAGCCAAAGUAACUAAAAAAAAAAAAACGAAAUGUUUUGUAACUAAGUACUUCUUUUUGUUCAAACCAUAAACUCAUUGUUUUUAUUUUGUUCUCUUUAUUAUUAAUUUUCAUGUUUAAGUUUAAUCUGUGUCUCAUGGUUAAUCCGUUGUAUUUACUUGCGCUUUCUAUGUACAGAGGCUACUGUGUAGGAAAAGUGUAUGUAUACGUACGUUCCGACCUAUUUUGAUAUUGAUAUCUAGCAUGAAACUCUCUGGCCUCUUACGAACCAUGAUGACCUUAGUAUAUGAUAUAAUUUUAUCCUUAUAAAGAAAAUUUCAAGCCUGUUAAUUGAGGGUCAAAUUCUGUAGUAUGAAGGUUUAGCUUGGUUCAGAUAAGUACUCCCGUUCCAAGGUAACAGUUCAAAUUAUGGAUACAUUCACAAUAUGUAGUAGAAUACUUUUUCUGAACUGACGUUCAGUAGCUGGUUUGCUAAUAUAAGGCAAUACAGUAAUAUGCUAACAUCCCGUGCAAAAUAGUCAAAUUGAGUCUCUUCCCCUGCGUGGUUUCUAAUUUUAUAAACAAAUUUUACCCGAUCUCAGCUUCAUUACCUGCAUAGUGCAUUGUAGGCUGCCUUUAUAAGAGGGUUAAUUGUGGCUUGAGGAUGAUCGUUUGAGUCACUUGAUUUUUAAUGAUAGCCCUCUUUAGGUCUUGAAAAGAGUUAUCAAAAAGUUUCUUUGUCAUCAUGGUAUUUCGAUGGCUAAAGUAAAAAGUACGUAUCUCCAUUGCAAUUUUUCAAAAUCUCUGAUUAUGUGUUAUUCUUUAAAAUAAAUAACCAACCAAAGUAUCUCCUUGAGAUUUUUUAUGAAUAUUUUUCAGUAAGUGAAGAGAAUUUCUCAAAAAUUUUGGAAAUAGUUGCGUUUUCUUCUCUUUUAAAAGAAAAUAAAAAGAUAAGAAGAUAAUGACAGACUUUUUGCAACAUUGCAGUCAAAGAUACGUAUUUUUCUACUGUAGUUAUCAAUAUUAUGUAUAUGCAUGAUGUUUCUAGGUCUUUCUAAUCCUGCAUGGGAACGUUGUAAUGAUGCUGUAAUAUAUUAAACGAAGUUGCAAAUUCAACCUCAAAAUUACAAAAAUGCUGAAGUUUUUUCUUCAUAUUGUAAAAUCGUCAGUAUGUAGGUAGGAUUUUUCCUUAGCGAUCGAUAUGUUUCAUUACAAGAAAUGACAUGACCAAACAGACUGACAUGACAGAGAUGCGACCUGCAGCCAUACUGGAGGUCGCGGCACUCUUCCCAAUUAGGUUGGAUAAAACUUCUCCUGAACGACACCAUAGUUUAAAUAGAAUCCCAAACUAACAAAAACUCUUCAUAAACUAAGGCACUAAAAACUACAGCUUAAUCGUACUUUUUAUUUGAUGAUACGUGCAAACUUAAUAUAUUAUGUAUUUGAUUUUGAGAUUACAUCUUUUCUGCUGUAUUGAAGAUGCCUAAUCUUCAUUCAUUUUGCCAGCAAAUAACUAAUUUUUCCCCCCUUUUGAUCAACAUUUGAGGCAUGUGGUUGUCAUUAUGUUGUUUCUAAGAGAAUAUCAAGGUAGUAAGACUCACAUUAGUAUGAAUUGUUAUGAAUUGUAUGAAUUGUUGGCCCAAACCAACAGCUGUGCUGUUGUCAAUAUGAUCAACCCCCACCUAUGUAUUUGCAUAAGUAAUUAUCUUCUAAUCUGAGUUAUGGUAAAGGGUUUUUUGAACGUGUUAUUUGCAAAAACUGUGUUAAAAAAAAAAACAACAAAGAAAACUUAGUAGCAAUUUAUCCACAUGAUGACAAGAAGUUCCAUAUUAAGGACUUGUUUAAUAUUGACUUAAGAACCUAAGGCUCCUCCUGAAUAAUCAAACAAGGGCAAAAUUUUCAAAAUGGAUCUUAUUCAUUUUUACUAAAAAGGAGUUUCUGGUUCUCUGCUUAAAGAGAAUUCCUAAUCUCUGACAUCCAUUCAGGCCAAGAUGUGAAUUACAUUUUUUUUAAGAAACAUUAAAAUUAAUGUAGGUGAAAAAAGAAGGUUUUUAUAACUUUUUGAAACAUAAACAUAAUCAUAUUUUGCAGUUUUUAGCAAUACUUUACAUCAUGGAUAUAUUUUUGAUAUUGCCAAAAUGAAUCAAACGUCAUAUAUGAUAAGAUCGUUGCACCUAUGAACUUGUAAACAACUGAAUCAGCUGAUUGCAAAUCAGUGCGCUGGACAGGUUAAUUUUGACAGUAUCACAAAUAUAUUCGUUAUGUAAAGUAUUGUUAAAAACUGCAAAAUGUGAUUUUGUUUAUGUUUCAAAAAGUCAUUAUAGCCCUGAUGAUGGCAUAAACCGAAAGAUAUCGUAGUAAUUAAAAAGUUUUAACCACAACGCCAUGGUUCUUUUUUCACCUAUAUAACAAAAUGCUGUUGUUCAAGUGGAACUCUAUUAACAUUAAAACUGACUGAAAUUGCGAAGACAAUUUUCAUUUUCCAUGUAGAUGAGUUUUAUUUUCUCUUUUACAACAAGUUGCAUGAUUCCUUCUUUUAAGCCUGAGGUACAUACCUUAUUAAACUCUUCCAUUCCAAUUGUGCAAUGUUCUAGAAAAAUUCAGUUUUUGGUUUCUGGUUUUGAUUUGAUUUGAUUAAGAGUACUGAAGGCUAUAGGAAAAUGGGGUCGGUGUUUUAUUUUAUUUCUGCAGAAUUUUAAGUGUGUAUUAGGUUGUUUUCUCAGGAAAUGUCUUAUUUUAGCUUGUAAGGACUGCUUGAUUCAUUCAUUUUGAUAAAUAUUAAGAAUGAUAUUCGAGAUUCUAACAAUUAUCAAUUAAACUGCUAUUCCUCGCCCAAAAAUCCAAAAAUGUAAGCAGCCUUUGUGUUAAUUCCUAUUGUGAUUCCUAGGAUUCCUAGCAGAAUGUUUCUUUUUAUAAUGAUGAUGCAUUGCUCUAUUUAAGUAGUUAAUCAUAAGAUGCACUGAAAUUUUGCUAUGCUUGACAAGAAAGGAUGCCAAAAACUCCGUGCAGUCCGAUAAUUAUUAUUGCAACCAACAAAAUGAAUGGCAACUUGAGUUUUUCAGUGAAUUGAGUGUCAUUUUUAACACUUGCUGCCUUCAUGUAAGCUUAUGUAAAUUCCUGUUCCGAAAAUUUCUUUCUGUAUGCAAGUUGAGAGUAAAUUAUUUCAUUUUUUGCACUAUUUCAUCUUAGUUGCAUAUGUCAAAUGUUUUGAAAUAAUAACCUAUGUGUAUGACUUAUAAAAUGAGCAAAAACCUUAAAACAACAUCUAACAAAAAUCCACAAACAGAAAAACAUCAAAUCAAAGCAAAAAUUAAUGCCAGAACUUUCUCUUUUUUGAUGACCGUUUCACCCGCAAAGGCUGUACUUGAAUUUCAUAUUUUUUAUGUUUUCAAAUAUGUAUUGAUUAAGAUCAAUUAUUAAGACCUAAACACUGUCGUGUCUUUGAAACUUGUAAGAAUACUGGGUAAAGUUUUCUCUUUUUUGCAACGAUGGAUCAAAAUUCUAUUUAUCAUUAACUUGGGGUUUCAAUAUCAGUUCUUUUGGAGCACAAUAUUAGAGAACAAUAAUGAAUACAAUAAUGGGUUUUUCAAUAAUUGCAAACUGUUGAGUCACAGACAAACUCUUUUAAACAGGCCCAAAAAUUGAAGUGAAAAACAUUUUUUGAGUUGAGGGUCAUCAGCUCUCACCUCUUUGUCGGAACGAGUUUGUUGUGAACUUAAGCUUUAGCACAAAUAAAAGUCAUACCUCAUGGAAAAUGACUCGAAAAUUUAGAAAAGCGUACUGACCUAGUCUGAAAUUUGUUCCUCACAAUGAUUGGAAUAAGAAACUAGCGCAUAUUUUAGCCUCCUGCCUCAAAAUGUAUGCUACAGCAUAGAAAUAAUUUGAUACUAAUAAGUCAUCCCAGUUUCACAACCCAUUAUGGUCACCCAGGCUCACUAAAAAAAAACCGAAAAUAUACAAAAGUAACUCACAGUGACAGCUGUUGUGUGACGUAGUGUCCAAUUAAAAAUUAAUAACAUAGGCAGCGAACGCCUCUCAUCCAAUGUAUUUCCUUUCCUGUUUCCUAAUUUCAGCUCAGCAAGAAGAUACUUUUUUUCUUUACUUUUACUGAACAAUCUGCGCUCCAUUACAGCAUCCAUUUUAAGUUUUUUGCAGGAUCAUGAAAUCGGGUUGACCCAUCUGUUAUCAAAUUACGUCUUUGUUGUAGUUUAGCUCAAAAGUCUAUACAAAUUUUCUCACGCAAAUUUUGAGUUAAGUAGUCUCAGACAAUUCACUCACUGUGCUUUCUAAGUCACCUUCCUCCAGAAACAACACUUGUAUUUGCUUUAACUAGGUUCAUAACAUGCUCUCUGACAAGUUAGAAAGAAUGUCUCAUUUUCCAAAAUGAAAUGUGCCCUUGGUUAAAAGGCCAAUCACAUAAAUUGACCAGUAUUGUAAGUACCGGGAGCUACCCUGUCAAUGCAAUGCAAUCCCCACGAUCGAUUGUAGAAACCUGACCGGUACACAGCUAAUCCUCACCCCAGUCAACAAACUUCCUCAAAGAAGUGGUGUUGUUUUAAAGACUUCAAGCACAUUUUGACACACAUUCACUCAUUAUUUAUGACCCGUUAUCCCCUGAGAUAAAUUUCUCUCCCCCAAGUCGCAUAUAAUCAUGGUGCUAUUACGAGAACACUUACCUUCUUUCGAAUGGUUGCCAAUUUUCCUGUAAAAAACUCAGUAAUUCAUUGUCUCACAGCUUUCUUUGGUUAUCCUUUGACUCAUGAAGAUCAUUCUGUGAACAUUUUGAGAUUUUUGAUUUAUCUUAUCAAUUAUCAUUCAGAAGUAAAGGCCAGAGGAGUUAUCAAAUUAGUACAGUGGGAAUACAUAUUUUUGUGAUUACAUUACUGAUACCUUCAUCGGUUUCAUGGUCCGUUUUUCUUCGAUACUGAUAGAAUCAUCUGAUGUUCAACUUGUUUUGUUUGUUGAUACGAUUAAGUUAUUAUUGAAAAUUUAGUUAGCUUAAUUUAUAUGAAAAAUUGUACUGUGAUUAUUUCAUUGUUUUAUUUUCUCAAAAUUAUAUAUUGAUUUCCUUUUGUUCAA